CUCGGAUGCAGAACUGCUACUUCCCGACGCUCAAGCCCGUGGACCCGGCGACGGCGGCCAAGAGCCACGUCUCGCGCCCCGAUGGCCGUGGCAAUGACGAGUUCCGCGCGUGCUUCAUGCGCUGCGGCGUGCUCAGCAAGGCAGCGGGCUCGGCGUACGUCGAGUUUGGCCGGACGCGCGUCGUCUGCGCCGUGUACGGCCCGCGCGCCGAAGUGGCCAUCAAGCAGCGUGGCCAGCCCCUGGUUUGCGACAUCAAGCUUCCGUCGAGCACGACGGUGCUGGACGCGUCCAUGAACGACCUCGAGCUCGAGUACGGCAACCUCAUGCGCCAAGCGCUCGCGCCGUCGCUCCUCCUCGAGAAGCUGCCCAAGUGUCAACUCAGUGUCCAUGCUGUCGUGCUCGAAAGCGACGGCGGGGACCUCGGCGCCGCCAUCACGUGCGCAAGCUUGGCGCUGGUCGACGCUGGCGUCGAGAUGAUCGACGUCGUCACGGCCUGCAGCGCGGGCCACACGGCCGAUGCGACCGUCCUCCUCGACCCGACGACGAAAGAGACGGGCGGCCACGUCAUGGUGGCGUUCAUGCCGGCCCGCGGCCAGAUCACGCACGUCAUGCAGAAGGGCGGCAUGACCUACCCCAAGGUGCAAGAAGCCAUCGAGCUCUGCUCCGACGGUUGCGCCGGCGUCCUAAGCACGAUGGUGCGCGCGUGCAUUGUCGAGAGCCUGCGUCACGAUAGCACCAACUAAUAUAGUACUACUACCCUUCUCAUGAAACC